CUCUUUCAACGUGUCAACAUGACACAGAGCGCCUACUGUAAGGACUCAAACUCAGGAAUUUUAUGCCCCUCGUGGAGAUUAAUGAAUCUUUACAGCUCGAGCGGGAUCUGAAGCGGAGGAUGGACUUUAACAGGACGGUUCUGGUGACCGGAGGCUCCGGAUUCAUCGGCUCCCAUCUAGUGUGUUCACUGGUCAACAGAUACCCAGAAUGGAGAAUUAUCAAUCUGGAUUAUCUGGAUUACUGCUGCAGCCCCAGGAGCCUGGAGAGCGUCGAGGACAGGACCAACUACACGUUCAUCAGGGGAGACGUGUGUAACCCCCGGCUUGUCAACCACAUCUUCAACACGGAAAACGUCGACGUCGUUUUCCACCUGGCAGCCAAAACGCACGUUGCGUCGUCGUUCGAGUGCCCGUCCAGUUUCCAGCAGGUCAACGUCGACGGGACCAGGGUUUUACUGGCGGCGGCUCAUCAGGCGCCGCGCCGGCUCCAGCGCUUCGUCUACGUCAGCACCGACGAGGUGUACGGGCCCAGCGAGGACCAGGUGUUCGAUGAGAGCAGCCCGAUGAGGCCUUCCAAUCCGUACGCCGCCACUAAAGCGGCUGCAGAGUACCUGGUCAGGUCCUACUGGGACCAGUUCAAGUUUCCCAUCAUCAUUACCAGGAGCAACAACGUCUAUGGACCCAGACAGUACACCGAGAAGGUCAUUCCGAGGUUCCUCACCCUCCUGCAAGUCAACAAGAAGUGCCCCGUCCAGGGGACGCUUCCUCAGUCCCGACACUUCCUGUUCGUCAGCGACGCCGUCGACGCCCUGCUGUUGGUUUUGGAGAAAGGGACUGUGGGAGAAGUCUACAACAUGGGCACGAGCUUCGAGAUUCCCAUCGUACAGCUGGCCAGGGAACUCGUCAGGAUGGUGAAGAACGUGCCGGCCUCCAAAGUGAAGGAUUGGGUGGAGUUUGUACCUGAAAGGCCGCGGGUCGACCUGCGCUACCCCAUCAGAAGUGAGAAGCUGCAGCGGCUGGGCUGGAGGGAACAAGUGUCCUGGGCUGAAGGGAUCAGACACACCGUGAAGUGGUAUCAGGACCACCCGGACUUCUGGUCGGAAGCUGGCGAGGACCACGGAGGGACGAGGAGCCCGGGCGGGACCGCUGCGACGAAGUCACCCUGAACUGCUGCCCUUCCAUCUUUGUUUCCCCCACAAAGAAUUUCACAUGAUAUUUGUGUGGCACAGACGUGUUUCUGGCUGAUUUACAGCUUAAAAAGAGAGAAUGUAAAUACCCUGAAGUGCUUUUCUCUCGUUUUGUUUAAUAAAAUGUUAUUU